CCUUCACAGCAUGAACAUAAACGACGACAGGUACAUGUACAGUAAGGAGUAACCCGUGAUUUAUGUACUGUAUCUAUGUAGUCGGCAUUCAUGUUCCCUGUUGGCAAUGACAACGAUGCAAUGUAAUGGCUUCAGAUAAAACUGUGGUCAAAUGGUUUGUAAACCGCUGUGAGGAAAGUUAAGUGAUGCUUAUGAAUAUACGGGAUUUGCAACCGUGAUUUAGACUGUCACAGCGUAUUAGAGUAUCUAUUUCAAAGUUUUCAGUGCUUCUACCAUGCUUCACAUGCCUUCUGUGAGAGAUCGCAAUCGCCGCACUAGCCUUGGGCAAGUCUCUGGCGGGGUAGCGAUCCAUGAUGCCGUGGUCAAAGGUAAAAUCCACCUGGCAAAGUUCAUCCUGGACGCAGUGGAGAGCCAGACUGUGGUGAACUCCCGAGAUGCUCACGGUAAGACACCACUGAUCCGAGCUGUACGGAUCGAGGAGGAGGGGGUGCGGGGCCGGGUGGUGGACCUGCUGGUGAAAUACAACGCUGAUGUUAACCUGGUGGAUAACGUGGGCCGCUCGGCUCUGAGCUACGCUUGCGAGCUGCAUCGGAACGACGUCAUAAAGAAGCUUGUCAAGAACAAUGUGGACCCAAAUCUGCAGGAUAAAAACGGCAACUCGCCCCUUAUGUACUGUGCCGAGACUGGUAAUGCAGCCGGUAUUGAGAUACUGUCCAAGUCCUUCCGGCGUCUGGGCUUAGACGUGGACACGUUGAACGCUGAUGGUAUGACACCACUCAUGGUUGCUGCUAAGUGUGGAUAUGCGGAGUGUGCUCAGCUCCUAGCUCACGAGGCCAAAGCCUCUCUAUCCAGACGGGAUAAUGUGCACAACAAGAAUGCCAUCGACUGGGCAAGGGAGGGUGGUUGCUCAACCCCGGACGUAGAAGCUCUACAGGCUCGGUCACGGAGCCACAGCAAAUCGGCUGUGAAUCUAUCUGGCAACGAGCAGAAUGAAAGCCUCGCUCAGGAUCACGGUUAUCCACAACGGAUGCUUCCCAGGCGCAAACCUAUCCCUCUGAAUCCCAACGCAUCCGACAGAGGUUCCACUGCCUCACUUCCGUACAUCGAUUCUGACUCCAUCAAGGAGUCUUGUACCAAAUUCACUGGGAGCCAGCCAGACAUUCGAAACUUACAGAACGAUAAGUUUCGGUUCCAUCAGCUGAGUCUGGGAGAGCUGUCAAACAGGUCCCAGUGCCCCAAUGCAGGAUCAUCGCACGAACAGUCGACCAGUCACUGCAAGGAAAGUACGCCAAGUCCAGACACACCGACUAAACCAGCGACUGUCAAGCGCUGGGGUUCUGAAGAUAGUGGUUCUUCCAAUCCCCAACGCAAACUGAGCCUUGAUGGCAUCCUGGAUGACCUAAAGUCAGACGAGAAGAUAACUCUGCAACACGACAAUCCCCAGCUGAGGCCAGCUACGGCCGUCGGUGUCUUUAACAAACGAGUCCAGCAUCUCACAGGUGACCACCGAAGGCGUCCCUUGUCGGCCAAUGUCGCCAACCGCCACAGUAACAGGCAGACCAAGAGCUUUGAUAGCGCAUUGACCUUGAUCAACGGCCGGCCAUCUAACUCCAUCGACAACCUGACCCUGACUGUAACCCAACCCCUUGUCCCGCAUCCUCCUACCACGGCCAGGGAGGGCAGCAACCUGUCCAGACUCUCACACCUUAGCCGGAGCACGGAGGUACUCUCCCAUCGGAGCUCCUCCUUUGAGCAUCAACAUGAGCCCAGCAACAGCAGCAUCAGCUACAUGGACCUACAGGAGUUUUCUGGAAGCGGCAAGCGGGAGCGCCAAUCUUCUCUCUCGCCGGGAGAUCUCAGCGGACUCUUCAUGAGGCCACAGAGUGCUCUAUCCAACCAAGAGUUCGAGCGUCUCCCUGCUCUGUCUCCAAAGUGUAUUCCCCGUGAAAUGUGAGAUGUUUAAUGCUAAAACAGUGCAGAUUUUCAAAUGCAAUUAUGAGCGAAUAUACCGCUUGUUUUAAGUGCUAAGGGGAUGGACAUGUGCAAAGUAAGUUUGAAAAUUAAAGGGGGGCUUAGUAAAAUUUUAACUUCCAAAUCAUCAGUCUUUUCUUGGAAUGAAACAUCUUGUUCAAUAAACACCUUUUUUUUCAAUGUUCUAGAAGCUCCUUCAUGAACAUUGAAAAACAAAUCAUUAUAAAAUUGGGACGAACAAAGUCCACAGAAUUCGUUUUUACUGAUGGGACUUGCAAAUCUUUGUCACGUACAAAAUGUUAAUGUUUUACCCCACAUUUUCCCGGGUAAAGGAAGCCUUCGGUCUUUGAAGACCGGGGGCGUCCUAAUUUCCAAAAGCUUUGGACUAUUUGCCGGUAUAUAUUCUGUAGUAAU